AUAACACAGCUUGUAUCACAGACGAACGUCUCUUUUGUUACAGAUGGCCGGUUGGGGUGGAAUGGAAUUUUUACUAUCUGAACCGGCAGAAUGUGGUUAUGUUUCAAAUUCAACGUACGAAUUUUUUAGUUUCCCGAUUAAUGCUGAUAUUCGACAGCAAUGGGCGAAGUUUUGUGAUAUCAAUUUAGAUAAAAUAAAACCAAAUUUUCGCCUUUGUGAUGGACAUUUCAAACCCGAAGACUACCAAAUCUCGAUGCAACGUGAAGUAUUGAUGCCGACAAGUGUUCCAACGUCCACUAAAAAUGAAACUCAACUUCACAUCUUCGAUUAGUCCGAGCCUUCAAUCUGGUACAGAUGUGAAUAGUUCAAAGGCAACGUCGAACAAAAACACAUCGCAAAAUGCAAUUUGCAGCUCGGACUUUGAAAAAAACUCCGCCGAUUCUUCAAAUAAACAAUUGUGCAGGAAUUUUAGAGAUAUUACGAAUAAUCACGACAACGUCCUCCCUCCUAAGGCAGCGAAAUUGACAUCGAAGAAAAACUUGAAACUUGGAAAGUAUCAACUAUUAAGAAAAAAUUUACGAUCCGAUAUCUUCAGAUUGAAAGUACGAUGUUCCCGUCUCGAAGAUACUGUUGCUAACUUUAAAAAUGAAAUCAAGCAACAGGUUGAAGAGUGCUUCGUUACACGAGCAAAUAAUACUGCCGGAAAUGUUGAGAGAGAUAUUCAAAACUCGACUUCAUCGAUUAACGCUUCCCCGACCGAAAAUUCGAGGCACAAUCUUUGUAAUACGGAUGUACGAACUGAUCAACGUUCUGUAAAAGGUGCGAUAGUGAGAUCUGCCGAACAAGUUACCGAAGAUGGUUACUCUACAGAUGAGAGUAUGGCUUCCCUAGCAAUAUCGAUCGAAGAUCCUCAGAAAAUAGAAGUAAAACCAGAACUAUUUACCGAAGAAGUUAUGCUCGAAUUCGAUGAACCUGCCGAAAGGAUUUCCGAAGAUCAUCACUCUGUAAAUUCAACAAUUUCUCCCCCAGAAAUACCUAUCGACUGUCAUCAUAAUGCAGUUGCAAAAGUUGAACAAUUUUCCAACGAAGUAGCGAACGCAGAAACUUCCAGAAAUGUAAUUGAAAAUAAUCGCUGCCCUUUGACUACGUCUUCUGCAGAAAAUUCGAGUAGCAGACGUUGCCGUACAGAGGAUCCACCUGCGCAACAUUUCGAAGAAGUAACACCUGCGGAAUCGGAAAAUUCUGACGAAGAUAGUCAAUCUCCGAAGUCUACCAUUCCUUUCUCAGAAAAGUCGCAUGAGAGUCGUAAUAAAGCAGAGGCGCGACCAGGAUGCUCAAAACAUCAAGAAAACUCCAGCCAAGGUCCGAUUACUCGCUCUGUAAAAAAGACGAAACAUCCCCCAAGCAUAAAAAAAUCAACGCUGCGAAAUUCCGGCAAUGUUUCAAACAAGGUAGAGGUACAGAUGCAGGAUUCAUUCCCUUACUGCUGCGAUAUUUGUGAUAUAAAGUUUUCCAACGAACGUGAUUGGACAAGACACCAGAAACGAGAACACGAUGAGAAACGCUUCAAAUGCCGCAUUUGUAACACAAGAUUCAAGUACAAUCGCAAUAAAUGGACACACGAACGAAUACAUAGGGAAGGAGCUCGUUUCGAAUGCGCUAUUUGCGGAAAAAAGUUUUCCUCCAAACCAUCUCUCAAAGGACAUUUGAGACUACAUUCCAGUGUGAAACCGUUUUCUUGUCAAUUGUGUAGCAAAAGUUUUACUCGAAAAACUAAUUUUAAUAAGCACCAACGGGUGCAUAGUGAAGAGAGACCCUUCAAAUGCCGCAUAUGCAACAAAGGAUUCAAGCAAAGUUCGGCUAAAUCGGCGCACGAACGCGUGCAUGCGGAAGGAGCUUGUUUUGAGUGCGCUGAAUGCGGAAAAAAGUUGAGAUACAAAUACGAUCUCAUUGCACACCUGAGCCUACAUUCCGGUGUGAGACCGUUUUCUUGUCAAACGUGUGGCAAAAGUUUUGUUCUAAAAAAGGUUCUUGUUCGGCACCAACGGACGCAUGGGGCAAGACAUCAGCAAGAACAUGUGAUGCCGUUUCACUGCCAAGUCUGUGACAAACAGUUCGCCUAUAAAAGCGAUUGUAUUAGACAUGGAUUGACACAUAGUGAAAAGAAACGCUACAAAUGCCGCCUUUGUGACGCACGAUUCAAGCACAAUCACCAUAAAUUGAACCACGAACGCAAGCAUGGUGGAGCUUGUUCUGCUUGUUUCAAGUGCGCUGAUUGUGGAAAAAAGUUAUUCCAUAAAGAAUCUCUAAUUAGACACCUGAGAGUACAUGCCGGCAUAAAACCAUUUUCUUGCCAAGCAUGUAGCAAAAGUUUUCCUUGUAAAACCAGUCUUACUCAGCACCAACGACGGACGCAUAAUAAAGAGAAACCCUUCAAAUGCCGCAUUUGCAACCAACAAUUCAGUCACCAAGGAGAUAAGGCAAAACACGAAUGUUUCCAUGUGGAGGGUCCUCGUUUUGAGUGUGCCCAUUGCGGCAACAAAUUCCACCAUAAGAGCACUCUAGCUAAUCACUUAUCACUUACAUGUACACCAGCAAAUAUUGCCGGAAAUGUUGAGAGAGAUAUUCAAAACUCGACUUCAUCGAUUAACGCUUCCUCAGAAAAUUCGAGGCACAAUCUUUGUAAUACGGAUUUACGAACGGACCAACGUUCUGUAAAAGGUGUUAUGCUCGAAAGGAUUUCCGAAGAUCAUCACUCUGUAAAUUCAACAAUUUCUCCCCCAGAAAUAUCUAUCGACUGUCUUCAUAAUGCAGUUUCAAAAGUUGAACAAUUUUCCAACGAAGCGAACGCAGAAACUUCCAGAAAUGUAAUUGAAAAUAACCGCUGCCCUUUGACUACGUCUUCUGCAGAAAAUUCGAAUAGCAGACUUUGCCGUACAGAGGAUCUACCAGCGCAACAUUUCGAAGAAGUAACACCUGCGGAAUCGGAAAAUUCUGACGAAGAUAGUCAAUCUCCUAAGUCUACCAUUCCUUCCUCAGAAAAGUCGCAUGAGAGUCGUAAUAAAGCAGAGACGCGACCAGGAUGCUCAAAACAUCAAGAAAAUUCCAGCCAAGGUCCGAUUACUCCCUCUGCAAAAAAGGGAAAACAUAUCCCAAGCGUAAAAAAAUCAACGCAACACUCCGGCAAUGUUUCAAACGAGGUAAAGGUACAGAUGCAGGAUUCAUUCCCUUACUGCUGUGAUAUUUGUGAUAUAAAGUUUUCUAACGAACGUGAUUGGGCAAGACAUCAACAAGAUCAUUCUAAGCCGUUUUGCUGUGGAAUCUGUGACAAACGGUUUACUUGUAACAGCAAAUUGAUUAAACAUGGAUUGAAACAUAGUGAAGAGAGACGCUUCAAAUGCGGCAUUUGUGACGCACGAUUCAAGUACAAUAUCAGUAAAGUGGAGCACGAACGCAGGCAUGAGGAUGGAGCUGGUUUUGAGUGUGCUGAAUGCGGAAAAAAGGUAUCCAAAAAAUUUUAUCUCAUUGAACACCUGAGGCUACAUUCCGGUAUGAAACCAUUUUCUUGCCAAACGUGUGGCAAAAGUUUUGCUCAAAAAAGAUAUCUCACCAUGCACCAACGGACGCAUAGUGAAGAGAAACCCUUCAAAUGCCGCAUAUGCAACCAAGGAUUCAAGCACAGUACGCAGAAAUUGAGGCACGAACGCAUGCAUGUGGACAGACCUGCUUUUGAGUGCGGUGAUUGCGGAAAAAAGUUUUCCUAUAAACAAUCUCUCAUUGAACACCAGAGACUACAUUCCAAUGUGAAAAUGUUUUCUUGUCAAAUGUGUAGCAAAAGUUUUACUCGAAAAACUAAGCUUAAUUUGCACCAACGGGUGCACAGUGAAGAGAGACCCUUCAAAUGCCGCAUAUGCAACCAACAAUUCAAGCAUAAUCAUGGUAGGGCUAGUCACGAACGUUUCCAUGUGGAGGGCCCUCGUUUUGAGUGUGCCCAUUGCGGCAACAAAUUCCGCUAUAAGAGCGUGCUAGCCAGUCACAUAUCAUCUAAAUGUACCUACUUAAAUACUUACCAAUAAUUGAGUACCUAACUAAAUAUUGUGUUCAAAUUCAAAUGUGUUUUGUCCUUGUUUUGUUCUUUUUUUCAAUGUGAAAAAAACUUUACUUGGAACUUGACCGAUUUCCCAAGUUUAGUUUAUUCUUAGUGAUUGGCACGUAAAUGCCUUAUUGUCACCAGACUUGUGUUACAACUUACAUAUGGGAAAAAAUACACGAUGGUACCUACUUUA